AAAAUAUUGGCAGCCAUGUGUCCACUUCCGGUCAAUAUGGGCGCAAAAGCUGUAGAAAUUGUUCUUCCUACGGGAAAAUCGGCAAAGAUAUUAAAGUGGAAAGUCAAGGAAGGAACUGUUGUGUCUGUUGGACGUGUAAUAUUGCUGUACGAUAUAAAUCACAACAACGGGGAAGAAGAACAGAAGAAAUUAAAGGCAAAUCAAGUGGGAACAGUGCGCAAGCUGCUUGCCAAGGAAGGUGAAAUUGUGCAUCCAGGAGAUGUCCUCCUGCAGCUAGAAGAAUGCACACAUCCAACAGUGAUGAAGGACAUGUGUGCCGAGUGUGGUGCCGAUCUUCGGAAAGAGGACCAUACUCUGCGGAAUGCAUCUAUCCCGAUGGUCCACAGCAUUCCAGAACUGAAAGUCAGCAAGGAGCAAGCUCAGAUUCUGGGGAAGGCAGAUGAAGAACGCUUACUCAGAGACAGGAAACUUGUGCUGUUGGUGGAUCUUGACCAAACAUUGAUCCAUACAACAAAUGACAACAUACCAGCAAACUUGAAGGAUGUGUAUCACUUCCAACUCUAUGGUACAGGAUCUCCAUGGUACCACACUCGGCUACGGCCGGGCACACAGCACUUCUUAAGCCAGAUUAGCCAGUAUUAUGAGCUCCAUAUCUGCACGUUUGGGGCUCGUAACUACGCGCACAUGAUUGCUAUGUUCCUAGAUCCGGAUGGCAAGUUCUUCUCUCAUCGUAUCCUCUCUCGAGACGAAUGUUUCAACUCAAACUCGAAGACUGCUAAUCUUACGGCCCUUUUCCCCUGUGGGGAUAAUUUGGUGUGUAUCAUCGAUGACAGAGAAGAUGUGUGGAACUUUGCUCCCAACCUGGUCCAUGUGAAGCCAUACCAUUUCUUCCAGCAUACUGGUGAUAUCAAUGCUCCGCCUGGUCUCGCCAAGUGCGAGAAUGAUGAAAAGGAAGGGUUUGACUUCACCAAAAUAUCAGACUCUAUUGAGCAGAAUUCAGUACAAAGUGAGGUAAAGGAAAAUGGUGAACUAAAGGCAUACGAUGGGAAGUGUCGAACACACGGUGGUGAAAGUGAAAGGGAGGAGGGGGAACUAAGUGAAGACAGUCGAUUGGGGUCUGGAGAUAGCUCGAACAGUUGUGUCAAGAAGAAGACAGAUAUGUUUAAGUCCAGUACAGAAAGUGACUCAAAGAAGGGGGAGAAAGAGACGAAGAACUGUGGAGACGCUGAGCAGGAGACAAGGUUCGUGAGGGAUUUGUUAAAGGACGAUGUAAGUAGGGACAGUGAAGUAGCUGUUAAUAGUCAGGAGGGGGACACAGUGGUUUCAAGUGACUUGACAUGUGGUCUGGAGUUGUCAGAUGAAGGGGAUGCUUCUCAGACCAAACCUACAUCACUCGAAGAUGCAGGUGAAACCAAAGAAGUUGGUGUUGUUGCAAAAAUAGGUUCAGAAGAGACAGAGAAGUAUGAACAGGUUGUGGAGAGUGGGGUGAAGGCUCAAAAUUGUGGGGAAGGUAACGGUGUAGUGGUGACAGAUGCGAGUGGUGGGGAUGGUAAGGGGGGAGGGGAUGAUGAUUUGGUAGAAGUGGAAGAUGGAGAUGAUUACCUCAUGUACCUGGAAGAGAUUCUGAAGACCGUGCAUAAAGCCUUUUACGAUCUCUACGACGAGCUGAAUGGUGAUGUGCCAGACCUCAAGUCAGUGAUCCCAUAUGUCCGACGUAAGGUGCUAUCAGGCACCAGCCUUGUGUUUAGUGGGCUCGUUCCCACGCACACUCCUCUUGAGAAGAGCAGGGCGUACCUCGUGGCUCGAUCGAUGGGAGCUCUUGUGAUGCAAGACUUGACGCCAGAAACUACGCAUUUGGUUGCAGUUAGGCCUGGGACUGCGAAAGUGAACUCUGCUCGUCGAGUGGCGCGUAAUGCCAUUAUUGUUACACCUGAUUGGUUGUGGUGUUGUGGGGAACGGUGGGAGAAAGUUGAUGAACGACUUUUCCCUUUAUUGCGAGGCGGAGCUGCAAACAGACACCCGCCCCCUCACUGUGGCAGUCCUGAGCACAUCCCCACGCACCAGCAGCCAGGUGUCAGACGACGCACACCCAGUGGAAGGUUCAUGGACACCAUCAACCCUCUGAUGUCUUUCUCCUCUGAAGAUAUUGCCAACAUGGAUCGAGAAGUGGAAGACAUCUUCAACGAGUCAGAGAGCGAAGGAGAACCGGACAAGACGGUGGCUCAGCUGGAUGAAGUGCAGAAAAUUCAAGUCUGGAAUGUGCAAGAAUCAGCUGAUGAGUCCAGUAGUAGUUCUGCUGAUACUUUGUCAGGGGAACAUCCACAUGGAUGGGGAGAGUCAGGCCCAACAAAGCGCAAGCGACCGACAUCUGGGACAGGCUCUGAAUCCGACAACGAGGAGGAUGACGAGGAAGACGACAUGCCCAGUACAAAGUUUCGUCGUGGGGAGGUGCUACCGAGUGACCUUGAGUUUGGAGAUGAUGAUAGUUGUGGUAGUGAUGAGCCCGCAGAUGAGAUUGAUGAUGGCGACUGGAACAUGAUGGGUGCUGCGCUUGAAAGAGAGUUUCUGUCAGGUGAUGGUAACUGAGUUCCUUCGUCCUACCACAGUUGGACUUCAGCUGCUGGGAUGUUACCUAAAAUUAGGUCGCGACCACUUCCUUCCACAGCCUUUCCUGUUUAUUACUCAUUAAUGACCGUCGUUCAACACUGCAUGGCCUGAGCUGCUGACAGCAUCAUUAAAUAAAAUGGUUUUAAAUGGACCAAGCAAUCCCUUACCAUACGGACUCUAGCGAUAAAAACAGGAAGUAGCUGUUCACAAUAUUACAGUGAUGUAUUGUCUGGAUGGAGAAUUUACUCAACUUUGAGUCGCAGAUGGCUUGUAUUAUGAUAUAUGUUUAUGCAGAUUUUAUUUGGUUGCAGAGUGCCUGAUGUUUGAGAGAUGUCAGACAAUUGAGUGGUUAUCGACAUGGCUCAUAUAACAUGUAUGACUCAGCAAGAAGCAAGAUUGAAUAAAAUCUGAUCUCAUACUACAUGUCAAACAUAAGUUGUAUCUGCUCUUCAGAUAAAUAGAAAAGCUGAUGGAAAUGGCAGGGAAAAAGGUAUAUUAAGCCAGUGAAUGUUAUGCUGUGUGAUGUUGAACAUCAUUAAAAUGUUCUCCCAGUGCUUUUCACUUGUAGUUUUAUAUCUUGUUACGAGAUAUUUGAUGGUAAAUGCUCUCAGUAGGUUUUUCGGUAGAUUGCGGUCUUCUGGGAUUGUGACGAUGUGUAGCCUUGUAUGUUGUUGCUAAUGGUUUGGCGGAGCCUCCUGCUUCCAUGUACAUGGUAGAACUCUUAUGUCCUGCAUGUGAAGGCACCAGGUUAUUCUGAAGGUAGAGGAGGCAUGUUCUUUUGCAUUGUUAUUCUCUGAGGAUCUAGGCAGUUGAUUCCUCUGUAAUGUUAGUGCGCUGUUCAAGACUACAUGGUGUGACAAUCCAGAAGACCUCAACCUAACUUGUGCUACUAUAAAAACACCAAGUCACAUACACUUUUUGAUGGUUUACACAGUAUUGCCAAUGCAUGAGCUGUAAAUUUAAAGUGUGGUGGUAAUUUAUAUUGAUAUUUUAUUUUUUGUAUUAUGCGUUGUUUCGACUUGUCUAUAAUAAAUGGAUACAAGUUCAGUAUGAUAUUGGGAGUUAAAGUGAAAUGUUGACGGGAACGUCAAAAACAAAUCUAUUGAACUUUGUCUGUUUUGAGGAGAAAAAUCCUGAGAAAUGUUAUUGUCACUGGUUUAUGAUCUGUUAGCAGUUAUAUUUUUGACAGUAACUUUCUGCGGUAUUGUAAAGCUUGACAUUUUUUUUUUCUUUAGAGAAUCAAGGAAACAAAUUGUAAGUCCAGUGUUGGCAAGGCUGUGAGACAAUCUUGUAAGGUGGUGGGUUAAGCUAAUAACAUCUAUGUUUACUAAAUCUCAUGUGAAAAUUACAUAAAUUUGAUCUUACUGUCUUAAGUGGGACCUAGUCACUCAGUAAGGUCGCAGCGAUUGAACAUGCACCACGGAUAUGUUAUUUGUGUAAUUAUCAUUCUUGCUGAGUAAAUGUGUUAUCUGAACAUCCAUUACGGUUGCAAUACUUGGUACUCGUAAUAAUGCUAGGAUUGGUCAUAGGUGGUGGCAUUUUUCUGCACUUGACAUAGAUGGAUCUUUGACAAUAUAGAUCUAAAAGAAGGAGACCAAAGCUUCUCAGUGGGUCUUCCCCACCUUAUUUUCCUGAACCUAUUGUGUUUAAACAAAGAAAGUGUGAUAUUUAUUUGUAUAUAAUGAAUUAUGUACAUUGAAUUGUAUGUAUUUAUUGCCUAUUUUUCACUACCUACCACAUUCACUGAACCUCUUACCAAGCCCCUGAGAAGCGAUCUUUUCUGAUUGGUCAAACAGACUGCGUCCUAGAAUAAAAUAUUUUAGAAAUAUAAAGUGGGCCAUGGACACUAUCCACUAGAAGUUGCAGACACUGUUUUUAGAAUGGAAAUGCAAUGCAGAUUAUUGGAGGUUGGAUGUGUGAUUAAUAUGCAUCAAAUUCUGGAAAUCAUUGCUAUCAAAUAAUGUUACUGUAAAAUGUUCUGAGACUAGAAAAUACCUUGUUAUAUUACGGUUAUAACAGUUCAUCUAUAUCAUGCCAUGAAUGUUCACAAGUGAUUGAGUAAUUUGUAUUUAAUAUUCCUGUGUCAGUUUAUACUUCCUCUCCUAUGUCCUCUGGCAAGAUGAAACAUUUUUUUCCUGCUGUAGUGUUUGGUCCGUCACUUCUGCCCAUGCUUUGUCUCUCUUCUACACGUACAUCUACCGUGUUCUUGGUCUUGCCACGUGUUGCUUUCCUUUUGGUUUAAUUUCUGUGUUGGGCAGUAGAUUUUGCUCCAUUACAGUUUUGUUUUAUUAUUUAAUUUAUCUUUUUCAUCAGUGUCCUUGCUGAUACAUACACUGGGGUUACACCACAGCAUGGUCAUCAGCGCUGAAAGGGCUGUUUUAUAAUACCAUUCAUGUAUUGGGAGAAUAUGUUGUAGUUAAGCACAAGGGACAACUUUGCCUUUACCUUGUUCCUUCUCAGUCUGGGACAAAAUUAUUUGAACAGGUAAUGAUUACAGCGGAUUGUUUUCUGUUAAAGCCUUGCUUUUCCAUUACUGCGCUAAACAGUUUCCAUCUAUAAGACGAAAUUUUUUUUAUUUCAGUUUUUCACAUAUAUCAGUACUAGAGAAGUGUUCUAAGAAAGGCAUAUUCCAUUUUAGACAAAUUUUUCUGUAUUCAAAAAUUGCAGAGAUAUUCUCACUAGAAAUAUAAUUUGUUUCUGAUGCAGGAACAUGUAAAUUACACAUGCGUGGCACAUCACAAGGCAUUCAGUCAGUAACACUGCAAUGUAUGAGUUAUGUAUGAUCAAUCAUGAUCAGAAUGUAGAUCUUGAGCUCAAGUUCAUUGUAAGAAAUCAACUUUGCGUAUUGGUAUCUGAUGGUUCUUUUUGAAGUGACAUUCAUAAACCAAACUUUACGGUUAAUUCAACUGCUGAAUUUGAGUCCAACUUACGUUUUGCUUUUAAUGCAAACUUUACAAAUCAUUGUACCUGCAAGACUUAGCGAAUUAUGAUAGACAGACUAGAAUCAGGAUAUGUAAGUACAUUGGUUGAAUAAAUUUUCCUCUAAAGGUGGACUUAUGCAAUAGAAAGAUAGUUUUGUGGUUUUAGUGUUACAGUGUACUUUCUUUGUGAAACUGCUAACAUUUGAUUAUUAUGACUUUACAUAUUUGUGAAGUUGUAGCAACAUAUUUUACACACAAACUUUUCUCAGAGUUGAUGAAUUAAAAACAGUGACAGUAUAUUCAUUCUCCUGAAGUAUGUUGUACAUAGCUCUUUUACAUUUUGUUUGAUUGUGUUGUUCAUCAAAUAUUCCAACAAGUCAACCCUGUUCCAUAUUUUGAGUAGAUCUCAUUGUAAUUAUAUGCCAGAUGUAAUAUUUCUUUUAAUACUAUGAUUAAAAUAAUUUAAUUAUA